AAUCCACUCCACUCGAAUCCAAUUUCAGUCAGCGGCCGCGGCCCGAUGUCGGCGCAGCAAGCGCAGUCGCCGCGCGCGGAGUCGGAGGCCUCCUCGCGACACCUCCACCUCCACCACCAUCACCACCACCACAACAUGUCGCGCAAGAACGAGUCCGUGGCGUGGCGCGCCUUCGUCAAGCUGGGCGGCAACAAAGUGAUAUGCAGGAUCUGCAACAAGCAAAUGAACUACCAGUCUGGCUCGAGCACCAGCAACAUGGUGAAGCACCUGCAGGCCGUGCACAAGCACAUCCUGGCCGACGCCAAGCCCAGCCCUCAGAACAACCCCCCGCCAGCGCCGCCUGCGCAGCCCGCGGCCUGCGUCAAGGGGGCGGACGAGGUGUCGACGACCCCUUUGAGCAACGAACCAUGGAUGGUUUUGCAGAGCGCACCAGCUCAUUUACGACAACGAUGGCAAGACCUGAAAUUGGGAUUACAAAAAGAGAUGCAACAGCACCAGCAGGCAGUGGCCUGGUCAGUUAUUGGGCAGCCGUGCCUUGGAGCGCCAGCAGGAGCUGAUUUGCUCACUGACAGCGAUGCAAGCCCUGCGUACUGGAGCGGAUCGACCUCAAACAACAACACCAGCCACAGCCACGGUUCAGGUGGCACCCCUACCACUAGAGAUACAAGUGUGCCUGAAGCAGGGGCUGACUGGCAACGUAGGGAGACUGAUCAGUCCUGUGAAGCUACCUCGUAUCAGUAUAGAGUUAAAACAGAACCCAUUGAAACGGAUGAAGUUCUGGAGCAAGCACCAGAAAGGCCCGAGUCAGUGUCUUCGCCACCUCUUGCUCUGUCACCUCCUCCUCGAUCACCAUCCCCUAUCGUUUUAUGUGCAUCAGCGCCUGAUGGAAGCAGUGAACCACCUCCCUCAGAUCAAAACGAUGGAUCACCUCCACCAAAGAACAAAAAACACAAAUCAUCACAGACAAAUUUACAACUGCCACCAGAUCCGAGCCCAGUUGAAUGCGCGGAAUUAGAGUUGCGCCUGAAUGGAAUACGCCGAGCUCAAGAAAGGGCAGAAGAACUGCAUCAUGAACAUUUACGUGAAAGCCGAGCAAGGGCAGAAGCAGCCCAGGCAGAACGCGACCAUAGGCUCCAACUUAUUCGUCAUGCUGAAGAAAUUCACCUGCAGAACCUAGAAGCUCAGAGACAAGCCCUUGAGCACAGUAGACAGCUGCAUGAAAUAACUUUGCGCCAGGCCCACAGUAAACCAUGUGAAUAGUCGUAUAUUUCAUUUGUUUUAAUUUUAAUUUAUGCACUCUGUAUAUCAAUAAUGACAGAAUUAUCUUCUGCUGUUGUUUGUUUAACUUCUGUGAGUAACUUUUUUGAGGUACAUGUUAUUUUGUUUUUUUGCAUCCAAUACAAUUUUUUUCAUCAUGUUUUACUUCAAUCUGUCGCCUAGUGCUUUUUCAUUUUUUUAAUAUCUUGAAGUAGGAACCUACAUAUAUACUUGGUGAAAGUUUUGUAGUAUCCAACUCUUGAAUAUAGCUGGACUCUCUGGGGUUUUCUCUGUAGAGGAAUCAUUUCAUAGUUUAUCAUAAGUUUAAUAUUUUCCUGAGGCCGUUAGGAUAAUGUGCAAUCUGUGCUUUUUUGGUGAAGUUCUGUUUGUAUUACAAUUUUGUGUUCAUUUUCAUUCAAUACCAUGUGAGGGUGGUCAGUUAAUCCAUACUUCACUUCUACAGCACUAGAAGCUUCAUAUCUAAUAAUUUAUAUAUUCAUGUAUAUUAUUAUGUAGUCUAAUGGAGUUUUCUUUUUGCUUUUGAUAGAAACUCCUGAUGGAGCUCUGUUCUUUUGAGUGAAAUGGGAGAUUUGUGAAGCUGUCCCUUAGUUGCCAUUUCUGUUUUCACUAGCUGUUCAGCUGCUUGGAAAUAUUUUAUCUGCAAAAUAAUUUGAAGUCCUAUUAUCUUUUGCUAGUGCAACAAAAACGUAACCUAGUCAUUACUUUUAUCAUUUAUUUGUGAAUCAGUAUGACUCAUUUGAUCAGUAUUUAUCAGAAUGAUGUUGAAAGCCCAAGAUUGACCAGUGGUCUGCUUUUUCCUCCAAAAUUGUUUGAUACCAUCUAGGCAGCUUAAAAUCAUCUUUCUCUAUGAUAUAGCUGAGUGUUAAUAUAUAUAUUUAUGUGUCUUCUUUGUUUUAACCUUGUUCUGUAUUUAAGUGACGUGUGAUGUAAAGUCCAAGCAAAACUGUAAAAAUUACCGCUAUUUUUUGUACUUACACUUUUUACCUGUGAAAUGCCGUAGAUUUUCCAUAUUUUCAGUGUUUUUGGUAUCAUUUGUUAAACUUCUUGUAGUGUUGAAGCACUGAAGUCACAGAGGAUCUUGAUUUAAUUUAUUAUUAUUCGUUUGAUGUCAGAAGAAGUUGGAAGUUCCAGUGUUCAUUAAACAUUUUACCCAUUUUGGACGCAAAGCUGGUUCUUUGCUUUUAGAUUUAUAGUUUGUGCCGAUAAUUUUACUUCAGUAUGUCUCUCUCUUCGAGAAUGUUAAGGCUUUGUUAAGUAAUUGUAAAGUCCCCAUCCCCUCUAAAUUUUGAGGUUUACCUGGGGUGAGUGUAACUGCUUCUGAAAAUAACUGGCUCAAAGUUUUUUAAGCAAGUCACUGCCGGUGUGAGUCUAUGUAGACCAGAAAGCUGAGUGUAGGCGGACUAGAGAAAGUGCCUUCCACUUAAGGAAUUUUCUGUUAAUUAUUUCAUUCCAGGGUACAACAUUUAUUUUUGAGUUCUCAAUUUCUCUCCUAUACCAUUGUUUUACCUCACGUUUGACCAUUUAGUCAUUGGUUGACAAGUAAAGUGAUUUAAUGGACAACUACAAUUUCUGAGUAAUGAAUUAAUCUGCAAUGCUGAAAUGUCACUGUGUUUGUGUUACCUAUUGCAGAUAUUCUUCUAUUGUGUAUGUGUUGGUCUCUUUUUGUUGUUACCGUGCACUAUACAAAAAUAAAAUUUAUAUUAACAUUC